UAGUCAGCCAGCUGGGCUCCGGCGUUCCAGCGCAGUACGUAUGGCGCAGCGUUCCCAGCCACCCUUCACAUUUCAUUCAGUCUAAAUUACGCUUUAUCCUGAAAAUAGGCAUUCUGACGCAUCUCUUUACGUGUCAUCGUUUUUUUUUUAAACCGGGGUCAGAGACUUCGUUGAAGUAAAACUAGCCCAAACAGCUCUUAUGAAAUAAAGGAUUUAAUAUUUUUUUAUUUAUCCGCUGGAGACGAAGAGUCACAGUGUUGCUAUAGGAGCAGCUUUUAUCGGCGUGCCUUUCUGCCUCACCGGCAUCCUGUAACCAAGAAGAGGAUGCGAACGGCGGUUUCGUAGGGUUAUUGGUUAUUUUUCGCACGGAAUUCCGCAGUGUUACCUUUUGGGAACGUCGAAGAGGUGAAUGCCAGCGCGCGCAACCGAUUAAUUGCGCGCGUGUUUCCCAUGGCGCGGUCAUUCACUUUUGCUAGUCGCGUCUUAAUGUCGGCGAAGGUGUGAGGAGGAGACCCGCUCUGAAGGUCUGAUGCUCGUCCUCCUCAUCUGUCACAGCUUUAUAUCUCCGCCUAGACCAAUUUGGUGAAAACACCUGCAUUAAUUUGGCAAGAAAUGAUUAGCGAGACAUCUCUGACUGACAGACACUACUUCAGCUGUUUCUUGAUGAUACGGUCACGGGAGCUGGGAGAUUUGGACUGCACGUACUGCCUUCAACUGUUCGCCGCCUGAGGAGCUGGAUAUGUUCAGACUAACGUGAAGAUGGAAAUUAUCUUUGCUCUCCUGUGGUUAUUGGCCACACUAUUUGAAGGCGUUUUUUGCCAGGGAGUAUACGCUCCUCCAAACGUUCGGAUCAUCCACUCUGGUCACGCAUGCAACAUUGAGGAGGAGCGCUACACGGAGAGGGUGUACACCAUUCGGGAGGGGGAGACUUUGGAGCUGACCUGUCUGGUCUCGGGGCAUCCACGGCCACAGAUACGAUGGACCAAGACAGCAGGAAGUGCUACUGACCGAUUCCAGGACUCCAGCGUAUUCAACGAGACACUGCGCAUAACCCGCAUCCAGAGGCACCAGGGCGGCCGCUAUUACUGUAAGGCUGAGAAUGGCCUCGGUACUCCUGCCAUCAAAUCCAUCCGAGUGGAUGUCUACUAUUUAGAUGACCCCAUUGUGACGGUCCAUCAGAGUAUAGGAGAGGCAAAGGAGCAGUUCUACUAUGAGAGGACAGUGUUCCUGCGGUGUGCUUCCAAUUCAAACCCUCCUGUGCGGUACAGCUGGAGACGGGGGAGGGAGUUCCUGUCUCAAGGUUUGGACAAGGGUGUGGAGAUCUAUGAGCCUUUCUUUACACAGGGGGAGACCAAGAUCCUGAAGCUAAAGAACCUGCGUCCUCAGGACUACGCUAACUACACGUGCACUGCCUCUGUCCGCAAUGUCUGUGGUAUCCCUGACAAGAGUGUGCUGUUCCGGCUCACUAACAAAACUGCCUCCCCGACUAUUAAGCUGCUUGUGGAAGACCCUAUUGUUGCCAACCCUGGACAGACAGUGGUCCUGGUGUGCAUCAUCUCUGGAGGUGAGCCCACGCCGACCCUGACAUGGGUUCGGAACAAUGAAGAUCUUCCAAAGAAGAGCAAUCUCAACAGUGAGACCCUCACAAUACCUGCCAUCAGCACAGAGGAUGCUGGUGUUUACAGCUGUGUAGCCAGUAACAACGUGGGUAAUCCUGCGAAGAAAUCCACCAACAUUGUCGUCAGAGCUCUGAAGAAGGGCCGGUUCUGGAUCACACCCGACCCCUAUCAUAAUGAUGACAACAUCCAGAUCGGCAGAGAGGUGAAGAUAUCCUGUCAGGUGGAGGCCACGCCGCCUGAGGAGCUGAUGUUCAGCUGGCUGAAGAACGGCCGUCCGCUGCGUAGCUCAGAGCGCAUGGUCAUUACCCAGACUGACCCAGAUGUUGCCCCAGGAACCACAAAUCUCGAUAUCAUCGACCUCAAGUUUACUGACUUUGGCACUUACAGCUGUGUGGCCUCACUAAAGAACGGAGGGAUUCCAGAGAUCAGCAUAGACGUCAACAUCUCCUCCACCACUGUUCCACCCAACCUGACCGUCCCACAAGAAAAGUCCCCUUUGCUCUCUCAGGAGGGCGACACAGUAGAGCUGCAGUGCCUGGUCUCCGGCAAACCCAAACCCAUCAUCCUUUGGUCCCGUGCCGAUAAAGAAGUACCCAUGCCGGAUGGAAACAUGCAAACAGAAAGCUACGACGGAGUUCUGCGCAUUGUCAACGUCUCCCGUGAGAUGGCAGGCACAUACCGCUGCCAAACCAGCCAGUACAACGGCUUCAACGUCAAACCCCGAGAGGCCAUCAUGGAGCUCAUAGUGCUGUAUCCUCCAGCAGUGGAGCCGGUGUAUACAGAGAUCAGACAGGGCCUGGGACGGCCAUUCUCACUGAGCUGCAGGGUGUUACGUGCACACCCCUCAAAAGUACUGGAUUAUGAAUGGAAGCUGGGCACCAGACUGCUCACAGUGGGCCAGCUGCAUACUCGGGACGAGACAGAAUACCACGUAAGGGCCCUCAACCGUGAGGGCUACGGGGCGUAUACUUGUGACAUCAAAAAUGAAGCAGGAGCUGGCCGAUGUACUUUCCUUGUCACAGGUAAAGCCUAUGCACCUGAGUUCUACUAUGAUACCUACAGCGCUCUGUGGCAGAACAAACCUCGCGUCUACGGCUUCAAACUCCAGUGGACUCAAAUGAAUCCCAAUGCGGUCGACCGUAUCAUGGCUUAUCGAAUUGGUAUCAAGCAGACGGGGCAUCAGAGAUGGUGGGAGCAGGAAAUCCAGAUAGAAGACAACAUCCAGAAAGGAGAACUACUUACCUACAACCUUACUGAACUCAUUAAACCCGAGGCCUACCAAGUCCGCCUCACACCCAUAACACGAUUCGGGGAGGGGGAUUCAACGGAAAGGAUCAUUCGCUACAGUGUACCGGUGAAUCCUCGUUGGAGUAAGUUUCACUGCGGCUUUGAAGAGGACACCAUCUGUAUGUUCAUCCAAGAUAAAACCGAAGAGUUUGAUUGGACGAGACAUAGUGCUGCCACCAGGGACACUAAAUAUACACCCAACACUGGGCCCAGCAGCGACCGCACCGGCUCUAAACAAGGUUUCUACAUGUACAUUGAGACCUCACGACCACGUCUGGAGGGAGACAAAGCACGACUGUUGACUCCAUCCUUCAACAUUGCCCCUAAAAACCCCUACGGGAAUGUGGCCACCAACCCAACAUACUGCUUCAGCUUUUACUACCACAUGUAUGGGAAACAUAUAGGAACAUUAAAUGUGUAUUUGAGGCAGAAGAGCCAGACGGGUCAGGAUGCAUCCGUGUGGACCCUGAGUGGGAACCAAGGAGAACGUUGGAGGCAAGCCAGAGUUAACAUCAAUCCCACAUCCUCUUUUCAGAUGGUUUUGGAGGGUAUACGUGGUUCUGGCAUUGAAGGGGAUAUUGCUGUAGACGAUGUGACCAUAGAAGAAGGAGAGUGCCGAGACCCUCCUCCCAGCAGUAAUAUAAGAUCCCUGGCUUCUCCCGCUGCAGUGCAUAUAUGGCAGCUCUGGCUCACUUUACUUUUGGUCUUGGUUGGCCUCCGAAGGUGACCUCAUCACAUGGAGGUGGAACCCUGAUUUGGCAUUCAUAGAGAUUUUUGGCUGACUCGGACCGCCUGAACACAACAACCAAAGAUUCAUCCCGUCUACACAAAAGGAACGCAGGUUUUAGAUAAAUGUGAAUGAAGAGGAAGCCAUGGAGGGAAUCUAAAGCUGACUAACACGUUGACAUGGCUAUUACACCGGAGUCUACUCCAGAUCUUGUGAAAAAGCCCAUUACUGUUGUCAGUGUUAUAAAGAACCGAACAGGUGGAUGGUUACAGCAGGAGGACGGCGUGAGAGACUUAAUAGGGGAAUCUUUCAAAGCACAAAGACAUAACGUGUAUUUCCAUCACUACAUGCUUUUUGCUUUGUUAAACGUCUGCUACUGUCAUCAAAGACCUCAUUAUGUCACGAUACGUAAUCCUGAACCACAUGAAGGAAGCUUCUAAAAAAGAAAAAAACAGUGACAGUAUUAAAAAUGAAUGAUCGUUUGAACAAAACAAAAACGUUUUUGUUUUUUUUAUGUCUGAAAAUAGAGAUAUGUCAAUUACAGUCGCGCUUUUUUUGUAGGUCCUUGUGCUCUGAUGUUGUCGGUUUGACGUGAACAUCAGGGCUUCACAAAUGUGUGUUGUUUUAAAGGGUGUUUGGGUAAUACAAUCUCAAUGUAAAGUUUGUUUUCAGACAGAUGGGCGUUCAUGUACUCGUCCUUUGUGCUUUAACUGGUGGAGUUUAACAGACAUUAUGUGUUUCAUUCUUACUCUGCGUGUUUUGGUUCUAUUAGGUGUGUUACCACACUCGUCUGAAUCGAUAUUAACAGCUCAUCACGCAGCUGACACAACGAACACCGUCUCUCACUGAGAAUCAUUGAGUUGACCUUUCAUUUCAACGCGGCUCAGCUAAACAACAGCUGUAGAGAACUGUUUAACAUCACGCUGGACCUGCUGCUAGUGUGGAUCCGAACGCCCGUCUGUGUCCGCUUGCAGUUGUUUUCUUUAGGUGCGUAAAGAUAGCCGUUCGCUAAGGAGCAUGGAGUUGCUGUCUGUAAUGAAAUCAAGUGCCUUCAGAACCUUCUGUAAAAACAUUUUACUGUGCUACUGUAUCAUCUAGCAUUUCCUUUCGGCACCGUUUAUAGCGUACAUGCACACGUGAGAUGAAAGGUGAAAAUCAGAGAGCCACGAUGAGAGACGGGUGCCAUGUUGCAGUCUUGAUUUCCACAUACUGUUGAUAGAUGAUGACUUAUUUUAUUUCAGCAGCAUACAUCCCCCCUGAUCCGCAUCGGACUGAUAUGAGGAAAACAAUGGUGGUGGGACUGGACUAAAAACACCACUGAUUCAUCAGUAGGACAUCUGGGAGCUCUUAUCACCAGGUGAAAAACAGCCGGGAGGGUCUCUAUGAAAUCAUCCUUCGAUCUGAUGAGACUUCUGUGCCACCGUGAAAAAAAAUAGUAAUUUUCGACAUCUGGUGGACUGAGAGGUAUGAAAAAAUAAGAAACCUAGAUGGACCUUUAGAGGACUGAUGCGCUCACUGUAAAAGAUGAUCGGCCUUGAUCUGGAUCCAUCCGGUUGGAUUCAUACAAAUGAUAUUUUAUUACUUCAAUGAAAAUGACUGCUUUUACAGAAACUGAACUACAAACUCUGAACUACCUGAGACCAUCUCUUACCUUAACCAGCUGGUUUUUGGACAUGUAUUGUAAAAUCACUUUUCUCAUUCAUAACGUUCAUUUCCGAGGAAGAAUUACGUUACUCUCUCUGUUUUGUCAGCCCAAAAAUGUUGUUUCAGACAACAAAUAUAUAUCUAUAUAUAU